CACUAGCGGACCUCGUGUUUUUGUUCUUUCUCCAUAAAUCGUCCAUCGUGCGCGCUAGAUUUUCGUUUCUUCAGACCAAACAGAGAAUCACACAAGCUCCAAAAUGUCCGCUACUGAGGAGGCCAUCACAACCGAGAUCGCCGGCGAGGAGGUCAAGAAACAAAAGAAGCCAAAGCCGAACAACAAAAAACUGCGCCAAGAAGCAGCAGCCAAGAUAGCCGCCGAGGGAGGUGAGCCGACAGAAGCCGCCACGAACGGAGAUGCCCCCAAGCCGGCAGCCGCUCAACCGGCGAAGAAGAAGAACAACAAGGGCAAGAAGAACGGUCAGACUGAUCCGCCAAGUAUUCCCAUAUCUAAGCUGUAUCCCGAUGGCAACUUUCCCGAGGGCGAGAUCGUGAAGCAUCCAACACCCAAGGAUUUGACGGACGACCGCACCGCCAAAGACCGCUUCACGUCGGAGGAGAAGCGCGCGCUCGAUCGCAUGAACACCGAUAUUUACCAGGAGCUGCGGCAGGCCGCUGAGGCCCACAGGCAGACGCGUCAGUACAUGCAGCGUUACAUUAAGCCGGGCAUGACCAUGAUCCAGAUCUGCGAGGAGCUGGAGAACACGGCCCGCAAACUAAUCGGCGAGAACGGCCUGGAGGCUGGACUUGCCUUCCCCACGGGCUGCUCCCUGAAUCACUGUGCCGCUCACUACACGCCAAACGCCGGCGACACCACUGUCUUGCAGUACGAUGAUGUGUGCAAGAUCGACUUUGGAACCCACAUCAAGGGCCGUAUCAUCGACUGCGCCUUCACGUUGACGUUCAACAACAAGUACGACAAGCUGCUGCAGGCGGUCAAGGAAGCCACCAACACUGGCAUCAAGGAGGCAGGUAUCGACGUGCGUCUAUGCGACAUUGGAGCCGCCAUUCAGGAGGUGAUGGAAUCAUACGAAAUCGAGCUGGACGGCAAGACAUAUCCCAUCAAGGCCAUUCGUAACUUGAACGGACACUCGAUCAGCCCGUACCGCAUCCAUGCUGGCAAAACUGUGCCCAUUGUCAAGGGUGGCGAGUCCACACGCAUGGAGGAGGAUGAAUUCUACGCCAUCGAGACAUUCGGAUCCACUGGUCGCGGUCUGGUACAUGACGACAUGGACUGCUCCCAUUACAUGAAGAACUUUGAGCUGCCAUUCGUGCCUCUCCGUCUGCAGUCUUCCAAGCAGCUGUUGGGCACCAUCAACAAGCAUUUCGGCACCCUUGCCUUCUGCAAACGAUGGCUGGAUCGCGCUGGCGCCACAAAGUACCAGAUGGCCCUCAAGGAUCUGUGCGACAAGGGAAUCGUGGAGGCGUACCCGCCUCUCUGUGACAUCAAGGGCUGCUACACGGCUCAGUACGAGCACACCAUUAUGCUGCGACCCACAUGCAAGGAGGUGGUCUCCCGCGGCGACGAUUAUUAGAGAUGCGUUGCGGAUAAGAUUCGCGAGCGGUAUUCGGCGUUGUAUUGCUGGCAUUAUAUACAGUUUUUGAUAUAAGUUCAUUCUAUUGUUGAUUCUUUUGUGAGCGUAAGCGGAGCGAAUUAUAUAUACAGUGUAUUAUGCUCAGUA